GUGUGCUUAUCACCCGUGUUACUAUUAUUGAUUGGAAUCAAAUUGUUUAAUGAGGAACGUACGUACGCACCAUUAUGCAUGCAAGAGAAAUUUUCAAAGGGGUUGGUACAACUUGCCGACCUAAAUCAAGGUUCAAUUGACGCACAAAUAAAUGCCUUUGUUGCCCAGUGUGCUACACCUAGUGUGGAAGAGCGGGAAUAA